AUAUCAGCAUCAGCACUCACUUGGACAUUUAAUGUCGUUUAUCUCAUCUGCUGCUGCUGGUGCAUCUCCCAUUUUGGCCAGCCUCCUCCGCCCCAGCACCAUCGUAGUCAGGUCAAAGUCAAAAGUCAUUCAGUCCUCGUCUCCCCUCCUGUAUCGAAACAUGGCCACUCAAAAACCUAAAGUUUUCGUCACCCGGCCAGACGUACCAAAACCGGCGAUGGAUCUUUUGAGAGAAAGAUGUGACGUGACGACAUGGGGGGAAGAAAGGCCAGUUCCACGAGACUACUUUUUGAAAAAUGUGUCCGGCGUGGAUGGAAUUUUCUGCUUGGUCACAGACCGAAUUGAUGCCGAAGUUUUGGAUGCGGCAGGCCCCCAACUGAAAGUGGUGGGGACAAUGUCCGUCGGAGUUGAUCAUGUCGACAUAGGGGCCGUCAAGAGUCGAAAUAUCCGCCUCGGAUAUACCCCAAACGUACUGACGGACGCGACGGCGGAGACCACGGUGAUUGUUCUAUUGUCCGCGAGUCGGCGCGUUUUUGAGGCGAGGGACGAGUUAAUGUCGGGGCGCUGGGAGAGCGCGUGGGGACCGAUGUACCUCUGCGGUCAUGGCUUGAGUGGUGCGACUGUGGGGGUUUUUGGUCUGGGAAGGAUUGGCAAAGCGGUGGUGGAUAGGCUACGACCUUUUCAAAUUGCAAGGGUCAUCUAUUCCGGGAGGAAGAAGCAAGAGGAGGUAACAGACGCGGAAUUCGUUGACUUUGACACCCUGUGUAAAGAAUCAGACUUUAUCAUCUGCACGGCAGCUUUGACGCCGGACACGAAGGAAAUCUUUAACGCGAGAGCGUUCUCCUUGAUGAAACCGAAUGCAGUUUUUGUUAAUUCGAGUCGAGGAGGCACCGUGGAGCAAGACGCGUUGAUCAAAGCCCUUAAAACGGGGCAAAUUUUUGCCGCUGGGUUGGACGUAAUGACCCCAGAACCGCUCCCAGUCGGUCAUGAACUUACAAAAUUGAAAAAUUGUGCGGUAUUGCCUCACAUUGGAAGCGCCACGAUUCAGGCGAGAAUGGCCAUGGCGAUGUUGACCACGAGAAAUAUACUGGCAGCUUUGGACGGAAAGCCAAUGCCGGAGAGUCUGAAUUAGUUGUCGAUAGUUAGUCAAAUUAUAUAAAAGUAAAUACGUGGUAAUAAAUGAGUUGUCACCCAGUGUAUACACUCCAACACUCUACCCAACGGUAACAAAAAUUUUCAAUAAAUUCAAAGUUAUCCUUGCGGUGAGCAAUUGAUUUCAGGAUGGUAGAAAAUUUGAAUUGUUUGGACGGUUAUUGCUACCAUUUACCGUUUCGUUACCAACUUGGUAAAGUUGCAGAGUACGUAUGUUUACUGGGUGACAAUUUUGUUACAAAGUUAUUUACAGUGGGUUAAAUUCGUUUAAAUACUAAAAGAACAAACAUUUUAAUAAGUGUAGUAAUUAGCAAAUAAUAAGUAUAUUGGAGUGAAAUACAAAUAAGCAUUAUGUAAUUAAAAAUCAUUUGUAGAGUUAAUGGCACCCAUUAAUUUCCGAAGUAAAACUGAUUUAUCAAAUUCUCUGAAGAUUUGUUUCGAUUCAUAUGCAUCUUUGUAAGGCUGCUAAGUUUUUCGCUGUUGCGAAUUUCAUAAUUUUUUAAAGUGAAAAAGAUGGUUAAUUUUUGUUGGAAACUAUACAAUUCUUAAAGUUGUAAGUUGUAAUGUUUUACAAAGUAAAAUUUCCUGACGCAAACGCCGGAAAGUAAAAUUUUGUAUUAAUGAUUUAUAAAUGUGUAGUAAUUAGAUACGCGUUGGUGGCCGUUGAUUCAACGAAUAUCGUUAAUAUAUUUCGAGUGAAAUAUCCAUAUCUUGAAAUUUAUUAUAUAAUUUGUAAAAUUUGUUUUUUGAAGGUAUUUGAUCUGUAUUAUCAAUCUGAAGUAUUUUGAUUAAUAAAAUCGAAAGUUAAAAAACGUGGAGACAA